AUGCCGCAGUGGCUUAUCAAUACCCCCUAUUGCAUGAUGGAGGAUGGUGCCAUUUCGGACUCGCCUCCUGAGCCUGGUACGGGUUGCUCCAGAGGCCUCUGGCACGAACUUGCUCCCCGAUUGGUCCCCUCAGCGGGUAGCGCGAGUGAAGCGUUUGAUCACGGGUCGCUCGACAGGGCCCGAGUCACCAAUUCCCUGUUCAGGGGUUGCCAAGACUACCCGCUGCUUGGGCGGAAGUUCCUUGAUUUCUUCCUGUUAGUCCUCGGCUCACCCGUUUCCGUGUGGAUCGGGAUGGCUCAGCCGCCUCAGAAACAGGGCAAGCCAGCAUGCCGAAAGGGAUGA